AAAAGCAGUCUCAUAUUGCAUCAGAUCAUUAUAGUAUAAUGAAUAGCGGAGCUAGUGUCAAGUCACAUAAUAAACCAGAUGCUGUAGAAGAAAUCAUCGACCUGUAUAAUUACCAAUUAUGUGUUACUUCUUCUUUAUUUGUCGCAUAUGUACAUCAGUAG